CCCGGCGGAUCCGGAGAUUGGAGUCUCUGCACCGGGAGGAGGCGGAGUCGGAGCUUCGACCACACCGCGGGCUCCAAAGAGCGGUCGCGUCAAGAGGAUGGUGCGACUGGCGGCGGAACUGCUCUUGCUCCUGGGACUUCUUCUCCUUACCUUGCACAUCACGGUGCUGCGGAGCAAUCCGCUUCCCCAAGGGAAUGUAACUGUGAGCCUGGAUCAGAGCACAGCGCUUACAGAGAACAACAUAAAUGCAAAAAGCAGCUCCUCAGCCCAGCUGGCCUCUCAAGACCGACGGUCUGGUCCAGAACACCGACUGGCCCAUCGGCCUGCAACCCUCCCCUGGGCACAGGGCGGCAGCGUACACAAGGACGGCCCCGGCGCUUUCCUCCUAGAUCUGCACAACUUCCCCGACCUCUCCAAAGCUGACAUCAAUGGACAGAAUCCCAACAUUCAGGUGACCAUUGAAGUGGUGGAUGGACUAGAGGGCCAUGAACCAGAGAAAGGCCUCCGAAAGGAAACCAAGCCCAACUGGGCUUCGCCAAACUGGAGAAACUGGUGGCCUCACACUUCGUCGUCGUCCUCUUCCUCCUCCUCGUCUUCCUCCACUCAUCAAACAGAGGAGAAUGAGCGCUCUUAUGGGAGCAACACAGAGGACAGCAACUUCCUCAGGCCACCGGCAGAUUGGGACAGGAGGGGAAGCAAAGCUCAAACGGAAUAUGACUACAUGGAUGGAGAGGGGGACUGGAGUAGCUGGUCAGCGUGCAGUGUCACUUGUGGAAACGGAAACCAGAAGAGAACGAGGUCAUGCGGUUAUGCCUGCACAGCCACUGAGUCCAGAACUUGCGACAUGCCUAACUGCCCAGGUAUUGAAGAUGCCUUCAGGACAGCUGCUACUGAAGUGAGCCUGUUAGCUGGAACAGAUGAGUUCAAUGCCACAGAGCUCUUUGGAGUUGACACAGACAGUUGUGAGCGCUGGAUGAACUGCAAGAGUGAUUUCUUGAAGAAAUACAUGACUAAGGUGGCAAACGACCUUCCCAGCUGCCCUUGCUCUUACCCGACCGAGGUGGCUUACAGCACGGCAGACGUAUACGACGCCCCCACGCGCAGAAAUUUCCGCUGGAAAGACGCCAGCGGUCCCAAAGAGAAGCUGGAGAUCUACAAGCCCACGGCUCGUUACUGCAUCCGCUCCAUGCUGACCCUUGAAUCCACCACGCUGGCUGCGCAGCACUGCUGCUACGACGACAACAUGAAGCUCAUCACCCGCGGCAAAGGAGCUGGCACACCCAAUCUAAUCAGCACAGAGUUCUCUGCCGACCUUCACUACAAGGUGGACAUCCUGCCUUGGAUCAUCUGCAAAGGAGACUGGAGCCGCUACAACCAGGCCAGGCCACCAAACAAUGGGCAGAAGUGUCCAGAAAACCCUCAGGAUGAGGACUACUACAAACAGUUUGAAGAGGCAAGGGAAUUCUAGCCCGCAAAAACACUGCCCAUAUAUCCAGCUAAACCUCAGAAAUGGCGCUGAAACCUUUUUUAAUUCUGUUUUAGGUCAAUUAACACAUGAACUUUUAGGCUCUGAGGACAGACAUACUGCUCUUAUUGAACCACAAAGAAUUCUAACAGAGUCAGAAACCAUUUUUUUGUUUGUUUUUUCUCACAAGGAACUUCUCUCAACAU